AUGGGUCGGGAAUACACUGUUUGCAAGGGCUGCGGAAAUUGGAUCUACACAGAUCUAAUCACGCAGGUCUACAAGGCCUUGGAAGGGGUAUGGGAACAAAUUCCCGAAGCUGCCCGUGUUGAACUCUCCAAGGCCGGUUUCAGGGCCCCGGUGGAGGACAAGUCGUCGGAUGAGGUGGCCCUUCUGGACCUAUUGCAGGCCCACAUUGGGGAUCUGCCAGCGGACGUCCAGACAGCGCUGCACAACAGGAACAAGGUUCCUGAUGUUCCGCCAGAAGAAGCCGCCAUAACAGCCACGAACGAGCUCAAAGGGGCAUCCACCAAGCUGCGGUCCUUAGGCCACCGCAAAAUUCGUCUCCAAGCCAAGAUUGACGAAUCGAAAGCCGCCCUCAAAGCGUUGUAUGUUGAAAUGCAAAACUUGAUGCAAGAGCUGAAAGCGGCUGAGGAAAAUAUGGAAACCCUUGCCAAGACCUUCCGGGACAAGGUACUCCAGGCGCCCGUUCAAGAAGAAGAUGAGGACUUUAAUCUGUCCGAGGUGCUUGGAAGCAUUGGCCUUUCCCUUGAUGAAGCCCAACUCCAAAAGGUGCGGGAUGCCCAGGCCCAGCACAAGCUCCAGCGAAGGCAGAAGGCUGCGGAGCAGCUGCUGGCCCAUGCCGGUUUCCCGCCUGGAUUGGGGGGGAGUCCUCCAGGUAUAGGGGGUCAGGCCAUUGCAGCCCAGUUGGAAGCCAUUGGGGUGACCCUGACCCCAGACCAAAAGAACAUGGUAAUCACUGGGCAGUGGCCCGGCCCCUCACAGACCAUCGACCUCAAGGCGGCAAUUGAGCAAGGAUGCCCCAACAUGGAAAUCGAAGACCUUGAGCUAAGACGAGAAGAACUUGAAGUGCAGCUUGAGCGCAAACGACGCAAGCUGGCUACCCAAAGCGCCUCCCCACCCACCUCCGUCAAAGAAGGGGGCAAGGAAAAAGGGGAGCGCAGCGGUUCGGAAGCCGAACAAGGUUUUGUCACUGUGUAUAAAAAGAAGUGGAAGGCUAAGGGCCAGCUUUCUUGGUCCAAAGACGUUGAGAAGGCUAGCACCCGUGUGCCCUCCGCGAGCCUUUCAGGCACUCCCGAGUCUCAGGCUGUUUUGACCACACCAUCCAAGCCGGGGACGGAGGACGAUUUUGACCCUUUCCCCCUUUCUAGGGGGGUUUUUACAAACAAUAUCUCACCUGAGUGGAGGGAGUUCGGUCCUUCCCCAAUCAAUCUCUACAACCGGUUUUCAGCCCUGGCGGAAGACGAAAAUCCCAACGAUGAAUUCACCUCCCUCCUCCUCAAGGCCAAAGAACAGUCACUUGCUGCAUUUGAGGAGGAAUUGGUGGAACUGGUGGACAAAAUGCCGAUCCGCCAAGGGUCUCUUGAAGAAUGGGCGGCCAACCAUGCAUUGCAUCAACUGGCCACUCACAGAAACGAACCUAGUGUUUGUUUGGAGGCAAUUGCAGAUGCAAAAAGGCAGCCCAAAGACGAACCAGCAAAAUUCGAAAUCACAGUUGCCAAUGUCACAAGAUGGAGAGCUGAGAUCAAAACGUGGCUCCUAGAUAGGCGACCACAGGGGGAACAGCAUCUUGCCAUCCAUCAGUUGGACCAGGCCGGGUACGUUGCCUGGACCCUACCGGCCCACCCAACUGAGGGGGGCAAAAACUCUGGAGGCGUCAUGAUUGCGGUUGAAAAAGAUCGAAAUUUCCGAUUCCUGAGAUCCUUUGGUGUUGAAGGUAAAGGGUAUGUGGCUGUGGUAGGUAGAACCGGGAAGAGGGACAUUGUUUUUAUUUCCAUCUACCUUGAAACCAGUGUAGGCCUCACUGGAGGACACAACCCCACCAUUGUCGGUGAUCUUAUUGCCUUCAUUAAAGGCCUCACCAUUGAAUGGUUUGUAGCGGGGGAUUUCAACCUCCCACCACAAGACAUACUCGAAACCUCGAUUGAGUCCCUCCUGCGCGGGAAAGUGCUAGCUACUAACGAGCCCACCAUCAUGGGUGGCAAUGAAAUCGACUUUGCCAUAGCUAGCCACACCGUCUCAAAUGGGCUCGAAAUCAAAACUGAUUGGGACGCCCUUCCGGAGACCUGUUGA